UCCAAACAAAGAAUUGGGUCACGUGCCGAGGGAAAGAAACAUCCAAAAAGAAAAUCGACCCAAAGCAAAAUAAAAUUUUUGCAGAGAGGCAGAGAGGGCCAGCCAGGUGUGCCUUUGUAUUUCGUCUCCCAGAUUCACUCCAGCUUCCACGCAGACAAGCAUUCCUCGAUUCCCGAGAAAAUUAAAAAGAAAAUUCAAAAAAAAAAAAAAAAUUUAAUGGAAUCCCGGAAACUGGCAGCUUUACUAUCUUCCUUAAUCUCGCAGCUUGUUCUUCUGGUUCUUCUCCUUCUCUUCCCUUCUUCCACUUCUCUCUCCCUCAAUCCCAAUCCCAAUUCAUAUCCCAAUGUUUUCCCUCUCAUCCACCAUUUUCUUUCUUCCCAAGAAAUCGCCACCGCGGUUUCUCUCUUCUCUAUUUCACGGAAAAGGAAGAGAACCCACUUCCCAGAGCUCGAUUCCGAGCCCGGAGAUGCCGCCAGUGACGAAGAUUUCGACGCCGGCGCCGGUUCCGGCGGUGCAAGGAAUCGAACCCAAUUGGGUCUGUCUCGGAGCCCCGACUCGUUCAGGAAUUGCUUCAGGAUGACCUCCUCGACCUUCGAAUGGCUCUCUGGCUCCCUUGAACCUCUAUUAGACUGUCGUGACCCAGUUGGGUUCCCUCUCAAUCUCUCCGCCGAGCUCCGUCUCGGUAUCGGUCUGUUUCGGUUAGCCACCGGUUCGGACUACCCAAGAAUCUCGAAGCAAUUCGGUGUUCCCGAACCAGUUGCGAGGUUUUGCGCCAAGCAAUUGUGCCGGGUCCUGUGCACCGAUUUUCGUUUCUGGGUUAACUUCCUAAGCCCGAAUGAGCUCGAAUCGGUCUCGGCUGCUUUCGAAUUACGAACCGGGUUGCCCCACUGCUGCGGUGUCAUUGAUUGUACGAGGUUCAGAAUUAUCAGAAACAAUGGGUUUCAUCAACAUAUCAAAGAGAGCUUUCAAGAAGAAGAAAUCAUUGCUGCACAAAUCGUUGUGGAUUCGUCUUCAAGGAUUCUGAGCAUUGCGGCUGGGUUUCGGGGCAAUAAGGGCGAUUCAGAGGUAUUGAGGUCGUCUACUCUGUAUAAGGAUAUUGAAGGAGGGAAGGUGUUAAAUUCUCCUCCGGUUUAUGUAAAUGGUAUGGCCAUAGAUCAGUAUUUCGUUGGUGAUGGAAGGUACCCUUUGCUUCCAUGGUUAAUGGUUCCUUUUGUUGAUGCUGUUCUUGGCUCAAGUGAAGAGUAUUUCAAUGCAGCACACAACCGGAUGCGUCUCUCGGCACUUAGAGCCACUGUUAGUUUGAAGAAUUGGGGUGUUUUGAGUCAACCAAUACGAGAGGAGGUGAAAACUGCAGUUGCUUAUAUAGGUGCUUGUUCAAUACUUCACAAUGCUUUGUUAAUGAGGGAGGACUUUUCGGCUUUGUCGGAUGAGUUGGAAGAUUACUCGUUUUCGGAUAAGAGUUCUCUAUGCCAGAGGAAUAUGGAGGAGAAUUCAAUUGAAAGGAAGGCUUCUGUUAUGAGGAGUUCAUUGGCUACAAGAGCUAAGGAGUUUCACAAUUCAAAUCAUCAGUCAAAUCCUGGUGUUUCGGUGCAAUUGCAAUCUACUUAGGAGAUUGUUCAGUGGGAAUUGCAAAGGAGGUUGCUUUUUUUUUUUUUUCCUUAUCUCUGUUCCUCAUUUUUUAGAUAGGAAAUUAUAGGUUCUUUCUUUUUUUAUAAGUAGUAUCAUCCUUUCUUGGAUGAUAAAAUGUUGUGGCAAUUUGCCCUCAUGUUUCUUUUCAAACUUUUUUUUUUUUUUUUCCCCUCCAAGGGUGACAGUUGAGCUAGCAUUCAUUUAAUUUAACCAUUUGAUUUUUUAAGAUGUAGACAAUACAGCAUCUUUUGCAAUAAUCAAAUUGCAACAUUGAGGUUUUUCCCUCAAGAAUGUAAUUAAUUUCA